CAUUUCUGCUGUUGUGGACGGAAUUAAACCAUAAAUACCCCCAGGCUCCCUACACUCGCCCGGCACACCCACACACCCACACACACACUCACACACACACACUGAGCGAGAGUGGAGGGGUGACAACGGCUGGUAAGGAAAAGGAGAUACAGGCAGAAGGAUGUCAGAUCAGCAGGGAGUCCCAGAUCAACAAGUCGCUGGGAAGAGCCAAGGGGGAGCGGGCACGAUUUACAAGAUCUCACUGUAUGAAUUCGAGAACUUCAGAGGAAAAAAGGUGGAUUUUUCAGCUGAAUGUAAGGACGUGAUUGAGAAGAAUUUGGAAAAAGUUGGAUCAAUCGUGGUUGAGUCAGGGCCAUGGGUGGCUUUUGAGCAGAAAGGUUUUGGAGGGGAGCAGUUUGUUUUGGAGAAGGGAGAAUAUCCUCGCUGGAGCACUUGGACUAACAGUCAGAACAGCUUCUGUCUCCUGUCCAUCAGACCCCUCAGAGUGGACAGUGCAGACCACAAAAUUAAUCUGUUUGAGAACUGCAGCUUUGCUGGGAGAAAGAUGGAGAUCAUAGAUGAUGACGUUCCCAGCUUGUGGGUUCAUGGCUUUCAGGACCAUGUGGCCAGCGCAAAAGCUGUGAAUGGAACGUGGGUUGGCUACGUGUACCCUGGCUACCGCGGAAGACAGUUUGUGUUUGAACAUGGCGAUUACAAACACUGGAACGACUGGGGGGCCACAGAACCACAGCUGCAGUCCAUCCGGAGGGUACGUGAUAUGCAGUGGCACAAACGAGGCUGCUUCACUGUUCCUGACCCAGCUCCUAAUCCCAAUCCAAACCCCAUUCCAGUCCCCACUCCCCCUGCCCCUACCCGUUACGGCUGCUAGCAGGUAAAGGAGGGUGGCUUGCCCUGACACUGAUGACCUUUGCCCUGUCCGUGCUCAGACGGCCAAAAAGAAAGUGUGAAAGUGACUGCCUUAACUCUUGUGUGUCUAUGAUUGGAAAUAAAGGCGACAGCCCCAUGCAUUGAUCUUUUGACCUUA